AUGCUGCGGCAGGUCCUACACAGGGGCUUGAGGACGUCUUUCUCCCGGCUCGGCCACUUCAUAGCCAGUCACCCUGUCUUCUUCGCCUCGGCGCCGGUGCUCAUCUCCAUCCUGCUCGGCGCCAGCUUCAGCCGCUACCAGGUCGAGGAGAGCGUGGAGCACCUGCUGGCGCCCCAGCACAGCCUCGCCAAGAUCGAGCGCAACCUCGUCAACAGCCUCUUCCCGGUCAACCGCUCCAAGCACCGGCUGUACUCGGACCUGCAGACCCCUGGGCGCUACGGCCGGGUCAUCGUCACCUCCUUCCAGAAAGCCAACAUGCUGGACCAGCAUCACACCGACCUGAUCUUAAAGUUGCAUGCUGCUGUGACCAGGAUCCAGGUUCCAAGGCCUGGAUUUAAUUACACAUUUGCUCACAUCUGUAUCCUGAAUAACGAUAAGACUUGCAUUGUGGACGACAUUGUGCAUGUCCUAGAGGAGCUAAAGAAUGCUCGGGCGACCAACCGGACCAAUUUUGCUAUCACGUACCCGAUCACUCACUUAAAAGAUGGGAGGGCAGUUUAUAACGGGCACCAGCUGGGAGGCGUCACUGUGCACAGCAAGGAUCGCGUGAAAUCUGCAGAGGCCGUCCAGCUCACCUACUACCUGCAGUCCAUCAACAGUCUCAACGACAUGGUGGCGGAGAGGUGGGAGUCCAGCUUCUGUGACACCGUCCGACUGUUCCAGAAAUCUAACAGCAAAGUCAAAAUGUACCCUUACACAUCCUCCUCGCUGAGGGAAGACUUCCAGAAGACCAGCCGUGUAUCGGAACGCUACCUGGUCACCAGCCUGAUCCUGGUGGUCACCAUGGCCAUCCUCUGCUGCUCCAUGCAGGACUGCGUCCGCAGCAAACCCUGGUUGGGCCUGCUCGGGCUGGUGACCAUAAGCCUCGCCACCCUCACCGCGGCUGGGAUCAUCAAUCUGACUGGUGGGAAAUACAAUUCCACCUUCCUGGGAGUCCCUUUCAUCAUGCUAGGUCAUGGAUUAUAUGGGACUUUUGAAAUGUUAUCCUCCUGGAGGAAAACUAGAGAAGACCAACAUGUUAAAGAGAGAACUGCAGCAGUCUAUGCAGACUCCAUGCUCUCCUUUUCUCUCACCACUGCCAUGUACCUGGUCACCUUCGGCAUAGGGGCCAGCCCUUUCACGAACAUUGAGGCAGCCAGGAUUUUCUGCUGCAAUUCCUGUAUCGCAAUUUUCUUCAACUACCUCUAUGUACUCUCGUUUUAUGGUUCCAGCCUGGUAUUCACUGGCUACAUAGAAAACAAUUACCAGCAUAGUAUCUUCUGUAGGAAAGUCCCAAAGCCUGAGGCAUUGCAGGAGAAGCCGGCAUGGUACAGGUUUCUCCUGACGGCCAGGUUCAGCGAGGACACUGCAGACGGUGAGGAAGCGAACACUUACGAGAGUCACCUAUUGGUAUGUUUCCUCAAACGCUAUUACUGUGACUGGAUAACCAACACCUAUGUCAAGCCUUUUGUAGUUCUCUUUUACCUUAUUUAUAUUUCCUUUGCCUUAAUGGGCUAUCUGCAGGUCAGUGAAGGGUCAGACCUUAGUAACAUCGUAGCGACGGCGACACAAACCAUUGAGUACACUACUGCCCAGCAAAAGUACUUUAGCAACUACAGUCCGGUGAUUGGGUUUUACAUAUACGAGUCUAUAGAAUACUGGAACACUAGUGUCCAAGAAGACGUGCUAGAAUACACCAAGGGGUUUGUGCGAAUAUCCUGGUUUGAGAGCUACUUAAAUUACCUUCGGAAACUCAAUGUGUCCACUGGCUUGCCCAAGAAAAACUUCACAGACAUGUUGAGAAAUUCCUUCCUGAAAGCCCCCCAAUUUUCCCAUUUUCAAGAGGACAUAAUCUUCUCUAAAAAGUAUAAUGAUGAGGUUGACGUAGUGGCCUCCAGAAUGUUCUUGGUGGCCAAGACCAUGGAAACAAACAGAGAAGAACUCUAUGAUCUCCUGGAGACCCUGAGGAGACUUUCUGUCACCUCCAAGGUGAAGUUCAUUGUCUUCAACCCGUCCUUCGUGUACAUGGAUCGAUACGCCUCCUCCCUGGGAGCCCCCCUGCACAACUCCUGCAUCAGUGCUUUGUUCCUGCUCUUCUUCUCGGCAUUCCUGGUGGCAGACUCUCUGAUUAACGUCUGGCUCACUCUAACGGUUGUGUCCGUGGAGUUUGGAGUUAUAGGUUUCAUGACAUUAUGGAAAGUGCAACUGGACUGCAUUUCUGUGCUAUGCUUAAUAUAUGGAAUUAACUAUACAAUUGACAACUGUGCUCCACUCUUAUCCACCUUUGUUCUGGGCAAGGAUUUCACAAGAACGAAGUGGGUAAAAAAUGCCCUGGAAGUGCAUGGGGUAGCAAUUUUACAGAGUUACCUCUGCUAUCUUGUUGGUCUGAUUCCUCUUGCAGCUGUGCCUUCAAAUCUGACCUGUACACUGUUCAGGUGCUUGUUUUUAAUAGCGUUGGUCACCUUCUUUCACUGCUUUGCCAUUUUACCUGUGAUACUGACUUUCCUGCCACCCUCUAAGAAAAAAAGGAAAGAGAAGAAAAAUCCUGAAAACCGGGAGGAAAUUGAGUGUGUCGAAAUGGUGGAUAUCGAUAGCACCCGAGUGGUUGACCAGAUUACAACAGUGUGAGGGCAUCUGCUUGUUACAGUUUCACCCUAGGUCUUAUCAAGAGCAAAGGGAUGAUGUUCAUGGCAACACAUUUAAAGUUGUUUUUUGGUUUUUAAGGAUAAGAAAUAGGCAUUGCCAAAAAC